AUGGCUGUGAUUGCGCCAGGAACUGCUGUGAUCGCCCCGGGGGCGAUGUUCUCAAUGACGUCGCUCUACGUGGGCGAUCUACACCCCGAUGUGGGCGAGAAGGAUCUUUUCGACAAGUUCAGCCAAGCCGGCCAUGUUGUCUCGAUCCGCGUCUGCCGUGAUGCCGUAACGAGGAAGUCGCUAGGCUAUGCCUACGUCAACUACGAGCAAUCGGAUCAAGCGAAACAGGCGAUCGAGACAAUGAACUUCGACUCCCUGCACGGCAAGCAAUUCCGCAUCAUGUGGUCCAACCGGGACCCGUCAGCACGACGCUCGGGAGCAGGCAACACCUUCAUCAAGAAUUUGGACAAAUCGAUCGACAACAAGAUCCUGUUCGACACUUUCUCGACGUUCGGUGAAAUCCUGUCUUGCAAGGUUGCAUAUGACGCCAACGGCGAAAGCAAAGGCUAUGGGUUUGUGCAUUUCCACAACGAAGAGAAUGCGGUUGAAGCAAUUGAAAAGGUCAACGGGAUGCUGCUGGCUGACAAGCAAGUCUACGUCGCCAAAUUCGUCCCGCGCGCAACAAGAAUAAAGGAGAUGGGGGAGAGCAAGUCGUUCAAGAAUUGCUUCAUCAAGAACUUCGGGACUCAUCUGGACAAAGAGGGCCUCGACAAAUUGUUCGAGCCGUACGGCAAGAUCACGAGCUCGAUUGUGAUGGAAGAUGCUGAGGGGAAGUCGAAGGGCUUUGGAUUCGUCGCUUUCCAAGAAUCUGAUUCCGCUGUCAAGGCUUGCGAGGAGCUCAACGAUCAUCUACUGGAGGGCACCGACAAGCGGGUCGUCGUUUGCCGUGCGCAGAAGAAAUGUGAACGCCAAGCCGAGCUGAAGCGCCGCUUCGAUUUGCGCAAGGCUGAGCGGAUCCAAGAAACGCAAGGCUCAAACCUUUACGUCAAGAAUCUCGAUGACACGGUCACGGACGACAUUCUACGCAAGCUGUUCGAGUCAUUCGGCACCGUCACUUCUUGCAAGGUCAUGACCGACGAAAACCAGUUGUCAAAGGGUUUCGGCUUCGUCUGCUUCGAGAAACCCGAGGAUGCGGAGAAGGCGCGCACCGAGAUGGACCAGAAGCACGUCACCGGCAAACCCCUCUACGUGGCGAUGGCCCAACGGAAGGAGGAUCGUCGAGCCCAGCUCGCAUCCCAAUACAUGUUGAGACUGGCGAACCAACGCAUGGCGAGCAAGACUGGUAUCCCGCAAGGCGCGUACCCGACGCCCAGUCACGCGAUGUACAUGAAUGCCCCAAUAAAUGCCCCUGGCCCCGCCUUCAUGACGAACACUAUGCCAAUGUCGGCGGCCAUGAUGGGUGGACAUCCGCAGCGCUGGCAAUCACGCCCCUACCUGCCGCCGAUGCACAACAUCGCGAUGCAUCCGAGCUACCACAUGGGCGGACGCCGGCAACACAACCCGCGCCAACAGCACGGUGUGCCAGCGCGUUUCAACAACAGCCCGCAACAUCAAAGUGGCAGCCGUCCUCGCAAAUACGACCACCCAGACAACAACAACUUGCCGGAGCUCACCUCUACUCAACUUGCCAACGCAACGCCUGAGGAUCAGAAGCAGAUGCUCGGCGAGAUGAUACACAAACGCCUGAAGAUGAUGUACCCUACGUGCGACCUGGGCAAGAUAACGGGCAUGAUGCUGGAGAUCGACAACGCCGAGUUGCUGCUGCUCGUCCACGACCGCCGCCUGUUCCAGCAGCGUGUCGACGAAGCCAUCCAAGUCUACAACAACGUCGGCAAGAAA